UGGAUGAUGGAGUGAUAAUUCAAGCGGGAAGAAGCUAGUGGUCUCGGCUGCUAUUGCUAUAACGAUCGUCGCCACAGACUCGCAAUUAACGCUCGCCAAGUUCAUUAUUCAAACGCCGGCCGCGGAAAUAAUGUUAUUUGGGCCUUUUUUUAUGUUACUAAUCACUUUUAGCUUGCUUUCUCCUGCAGAGCGUUACUAUGGAUAAUUAUCAUUAGCGUUUUCGUUGCCGUGAUGUCAACUUGAUUCAAAGGAGUCCGACAGCUUUGGGCAACGCGCAUAAUAAGCACAUCUCUUCGCUUCAUGUCGGUAGUAUUUUACUUGGCUUGUGUGCUUGAUGAUUACUUGAUGUCGUUGUGGACAAUGUGGGAUCUCGCUCUUAUAGCUCGAUUUUGCAGAAGAGAUGCAGGCAAAUGGUAUAUAGUUCUUUCCACCAAAGAGGAACCUGGCAAAUGAUCAACCUUUACAAGGUGUGUGCAGUUAUCAUCGGCAAUUAGCGUGGAGCAAAACUGACUAUCUGGCCCAGUGAGCGGUUUGCGCCAUCCAAGUCCCUAGUUGUCAGGUGGUCUUUUCUGGCUCUGGCAAACACUGCAGUAAUAAAAUACUCAGCAGAUCGCAUCUGAUACCGUCGAAGAGCAAGUGAGUGGGUAUUUCAAACAUCUUCGCCCCCGGUCAUACGUUACAAAUCAUCGUCUUUUCUUCCACGACAGUGGAUCGUUGAUUCGAAAGGUGAUUGGAAGCGCGUGUUGCAUGCAGAGGAUAUUGCAAUUUCAAUAGCAUGCCGUGUGCUAAGUCAAAACGAGACGGAGGAAGGACCAAUGCAUAUGACAAGGCUCUUCAUUUGAUUUCAGGGAGUGUGUUGAUGUUUGCUUUUAGUAUUUUCUCCUACCCUUAUCCAGCAUUCAUUUAGUACUCCAGAAAUCAAGAAUAGGCCUAUAUUGAAUUUAUGCGAAGAGUAAGGGACAAGCUGUUGAAGCCUCUGUUCUUUUGUGAGAAGUAGAAAAUAUGGCAACCACGUUCGAAACCAGCACGACAAGUCCUACGGUGGAUCCUAAACUAGGCGAGGAGGGACAACUAGAGGAAAGGUCGGUGGCAGCGAUCGCAGUCUGUUGUGUCUUUCUGACGGUGCUAGGUUUAGCAUCAGUGAUAGGUAACGUGGUGGUUCUUGGCACCUUACGAUACGCCUGGGACUCUGUAGGUGCCAAGCCAGGCAACUUCUUGGCCUUCAUGUUGGCGGUGGCGGACCUACUCAACACCUUGAUUAAUCUGCCUGUGGUUUUAGUAGGCGUCGUGCAUGGCGAGUGGCAUACAGUGGAGCUCAACAUGGCUCACUUCUUUUUUUUGAUUCUGCUGAGCGGCGCCUCCAACAUCAUCCUUUGCGUGAUCGCCAUCAACCGUUACGCCGUUGUCGCCAAACCAAACACCAACGAAAAGGUGGGCCGGAGGCGCGCCCGGAAUCUUUCCUUCUUUGCUUGGGGUUAUGCCUUGGCUGCUGCGGUAAUUUCCAUCGUCACCUGGGCCAUCGCUAAGGAAACAAAUAACAGCAGUGAGAGCAAGGAGCAGAUCUACCAGCAAAUCCCACCGCUUGUUAGUCAGAUUAUUGGGUACGCUUUGGUCGUUCUCGCGCCUAUGUCCACCAUGACAGUAACAUAUGUGCGCCUGUUUAGGCGCGUUAAGAUGCGCGUAAGAGCUGUAGGUGCAAAGAAGUGCACCUUGCCAAACACGGUGUCUCAAAUGGCUAGCCAGUCGGUGGUACAAGACGGACCCAGCAUAUUUGGUGCAGUCAAACCCCACAAUAUGAUCCUAGCAAGACCGACUAAACAACCCCGCCGCCAUGCCGAUCUCCGCACUGCGAUUACUUUGCUCAUUCUCCUCGGCAUCUUCGUGCUGUGCUGGACCCCGAUCACAGUCCUCAGCCUGGUGGUGAGCUUUGGCAGUCUCCGGCACGACGACUCCUCACCUAUCUACCUGACUGUGGCCGUAGCCCUUGUGUUUGUCAUCCCAGCCUGCAACCCCUUUGUCUACUCCAUGAGAAACGCCCACUUCCGUGCGGCCGCCGUUGACUUUCUGUCGGCGGCUUGGAGGAGAACGAUCGUGCCCUGCCGACACAAGAGAGGUCAGGUGGAUCAAGUGGCCGUUGAGACCUAGCGGAAGUCACAGAACAGGCACCUGGUGUGAUUGUAUCUGUUUAGAAUUGAUUAUAUGUAACUUUAAGCCCUAUUAUUUUUUUAUUUAUUAAAUCCGCUUCGAACGGACCGGUCCAGUCUUAAAGGUGGUGUACACCACUGGUAAAAUCCCGAAAAUCGGACGACCGUAUAAUCACGGACGUAUAUA